GGGGUCACGCCUUGCCAAGCUCCCUCUCCAGCAGCACCAUGUCGCUUUCAGUCCGCACCUCUGGACUGUCCAGGAGGUCCUCCUCACAGAAUGGGGCGGCAGGCAGACCUUGGGGUGCAUCUGCCUCUAGUGCUGCAAGCUGCUAUGGGGGACUGGCCUCUGGCUUUGGAGUUGGUUGUGGGGGGCUCAUUUCUUCUGCUUCCAUGUUUGGCUCUGGUUCUGGCUUUAGCGGCGGCUCUACCGCCUCCUUUGCAGUUGGCUCCACCUGUGGUGGACCUCUGGGAGGUGGCUUGGGAGGGAUGGGCAUGGGAAUAGGGGGAAGCUCGGGUGGUGGCUCUCUGUGUGUCCUCUCUGACAAUGAUGGAGGGCUUCUUUCCGGUUCUGAAAAAGAAACAAUGCAAAAUCUGAACGAUAGACUAGCUUCCUACCUUGGUAAGGUUCGCGCUCUAGAGGAGGCUAAUGCAGAACUGGAACACAAAAUUCGAGAGUGGUAUGAAACCCGAAGGACUGGAGACUCUGGGCCCCAGAGUGAUUACAGUAAAUAUUACCCACUGAUUGAAGAAUUAAAGAAUAAGAUCAUUUCUGCCAGCGUUGGGAAUGCCCAGAUCAUCUUGCAGAUUGACAAUGCAAGGCUGGCUGCCGAGGACUUCAGGAUGAAGUAUGAGAAUGAGCUGGCCCUGCACCAGACCGUGGAGGCCGACAUCAAUGGGCUGCGCAGGGUGCUGGACGAGCUGACCCUGGCCAGAGCUGACCUGGAGGCGCAGACAGAGAACCUGACUGAGGAGCUGGCCUACAUGAAGAAGAACCACGAGGAGGAACUACAAAGUUUCCAGACAGGUGGUCCAGGUGAGGUCAAUGUAGAAAUGGAUGCGGCACCGGGAGUGGACCUCACCAAGGUCCUCAACGAAAUGAGGGCCCAGUAUGAAGUCAUGGCUGACCAAAAUCGGAAAGAUGCAGAGGCCUGGUUCCUUGAAAAGAGCGGAGAGCUCAGGAAAGAGAUCAGCAGCAACACGGAGCAGCUUCAGUCCAGCAAGAGCGAGAUCACGGACCUGAGGCGCAUGGUGCAGAACCUGGAGAUUGAACUCCAGUCCCAGCUCGCCAUGAAAAAGUCUCUGGAAAACUCACUGGCUGAAACCGAGGGUGGUUACUGCUGCCAGCUAUCUCAGGUGCAGCAGCUGAUAGGCAGCCUGGAGGAGCAACUUCAACAGUUGCGUGCAGAUGCAGAGCGUCAGAACGCCGACCACCAGCGGCUGCUGGGCGUCAAGGCCCGCCUAGAGAUGGAGAUUGAGACCUACCGCCGGCUGCUGGACGGGGACGGCCAAGGCACUGGAUUUGAUGAAAGUUUAUCCCUUGCUGUCUCCAAAUCUCAGACACCAUCGGUUGAUUCCUCUAAAGACCCAAGUAAAACUCGAAAAAUCAAGACAGUUGUGCAGGAGAUCGUGAAUGGUGAAGUGGUCUCAUCUCAAGUUCAAGAACUUGAAGAAGCAAUGUAAAGCUCCUUGGGAAGGCGAAAGUGACAGCUGACAUGAUUGCUUCCACCUGCUGUGUUAAUUCAGUAUCUGUUUUGGUCUCUUUCCCCUUCUUUGGCUUCUCUGUUCGUGUCCGGUCUUGUUAGCAUGUCUGAAAUGAGUCCCUGGGGCUGUGCUGAUCUUCAUUAUAAACCCAAAUCACCUUACAUCUUUCUGGGCCUGAAGAAGUCUUUCCACUAGACUUUUUUUUUCCUGGUCACCUGGACCAUCUGUUUAAUGCAAGAGCUUUGAUGGAGUGGUAUUGUUUUAA